GCAACCUUCAUCGAGCUCGCAGUCGCCGACACCGCGUGCAACCACACCAGCAGCAACAAUGGGCAAAGCACUCGAAGGCCACUGCCUCUGGCUCGUCCCGACAGCGGACGAGGUGACGCGGCUGCAGUCGCUGAUCGACACGCUCGCGUCGCAAGAGGCGUCGGCACCCACAUUCCACCCGCACAUCACCCUCCUGCAUCCGCUAGGCAAGGAGUCGACCUCCCCACCGCAGGCCAUCACCAGCACGCUCGAGGCCGCCGUUGCGCAGUUCAACAAGGCGCGCGGCGCAACCGGCCCGAUCAAGCUCACCCUCGACAAGCCCGUCGCGGGGGAGAAGUACUUCCAGUCGGUGCUCACGCCCGUUGACGAGAGCGGAGACAAGAGCGUCGCCUUGCGCCAGCUCCGCACGGCGGUGGAGGACGCGUUCGACGAGCGCCCGGCCGUGUUUUACCCGCACCUCUCGCUGCUUUAUGGCGACCUCUCGCACGAGCGCCGGCUAGAGCUCGUCGCUGAGGCCGAGAAGCAGCUCGAGUUCCCCCGCGAGGUGGUCGUCGAGGACGCUGUCGUCGUGGAUAUCAAUGGGACUGCGCCCGAGUGGAAGAUUGUCGCCCGAGUCAAGCUGUAGACUGCGAGAAUGAUGCAUCUGUGGCGGCGGG